CCAUAAUCUCGAAAAUGAGUGAACUCAAGGACUGCCCGCCGCUCAAAUACUACGACUUCAAACCCGUGGAGCAUGUCAAAGUGUGUCCCCGGUACACUGCAGUGUUGGGUCGCUCGGACGACGAUGGCAUCGGGAUCGAGGAGUUGGACACGCUGCAACUGGAGCUGGAGACACUGCUGUCUUCGGCAAGCCGGCGUCUCCGAGCGCUGGAAGAACAAAGACAGAUCCUUACAGAUUGGCAGGACAAAAAAGGAGACAAAAGGUUCAUGAAGAUGCCAAAAGAAGUCGAUCCGGGCGCGUCCUCGCGCCAUCCCAAGCCUAAGAAGCCAAAGCUGGAGGGCAAAGCCGGGCAUGGACCUGGGCCCGGUCCAGGGAGACCCAAAUCUAAAAACCUACAACCCAAAGUCCAGGAGUAUGAGUUCGGUGAAGACCCGCAGGACAUGCCCCGCAACCCCAAAAAUGACGCUCCAAACAGGUUCUGGGCUUCAGUAGAGCCGUAUUGUGCAGACAUCACCAACGAAGAGAUCCGGGUUCUUGAAGAACUUCUUAAACCGCCUGAAGAUGAAGCAGAAUACUACAAGAUUCCUGCUCUAGGGAAGCACUACUCGCAGCGCUGGGCACAAGAGGACCUGCUGGAGGAGCAGAGAGAAGGAGCGCGAGCCAACGAUAAGAAGAAGAGCAUGCUGGGUCCGCUCUCUGAGAUCGACGCCAAAGACGUAGACGCCUUGCUGAAGAAGUCUGAGUCCCAGCACGAGCCUCCGGAGGACGGCUGCCCGUUCGGUCCCCUCACACAGCGCCUGCUGCAAGCUCUGGUGGAGGAGAAUAUCCUGUCCCCUAUGGAGGAUUCUCCCAUUCCAGACAUUCCGGCGAAGGACGACGGAGCAGGGACGUCGCCCCGCAGCCAGGGGAAACCUUUCAGCGUUCCACACACACGCUCUCUGGAAGCCCGGAUCAGGGAAGAGCUGGUGGCUCAGGGACUUUUGGACUCUGAGGAGAGACAAGGUACAGGAGGGGACUCCGAGGACGAGGUGCUGGCCGAGCUCCAGAAGAGACAGGCCGAGCUCAAAGCCCUGACCGCUCACAACCGAGCACGGAAGCAGGAGCUGCUCAGGUUAGCACGGGAGGAGAUGAGGAAGCAGGAGCUGCGCCAGUGUGUCCGAGUGGCCGACAAUGAGGUGAUGGAGGCGUUCCGGCGUAUCAUGGCCGCCAGGCAAAAGAAACGCACUCCAACCAAGAAAGAAAAGGAUCAGGCGUGGAAGGCGCUGAAAGAGAGGGAGAGGAUCCUCAAACAGCUGGAUGGAUGAAGAAGACCGUGAACUGAUGUGUUUGUGCGUGUGUGUGUGUGUGUGUGUGUGUGUGUGUAGAGUCGCGAGGACCAGAGUUUCCAAAACAAAUAGAUUUUAUGUCAAGGGCUGGUUCUAGACUUAUCCCAGUCGCGCCUAGAUCUAACACAACACCACGGUGUACCUCUAAUCAUCUUUUUUCACAAGACAGUGACACUGAUGGGGCUUUACUAGUCCAGCUUUGAUGCAUGCAGUACUUUUCCUUCCAUACACAAAACCCAUUCUUAUUCUGCACUCAGAAAGUCUCACUCUGUCUGUUUCAGGUUAUUUGCUUUCCUUAGAUGCAAGACCGUUUAUUUCUGUUUUCUUUGCUUUGCUUUACUUUAUUCAGAAGUGGUAAAGUUUGAUUAGAGGUCAUUUCAAAAUCGUUUGCUCUUGACUUUCUUGGAAAAAAAACCCAUUUAGACACUUAAGUCGAAACCACCACAUUCUUGACCUGUUGGAUCUGGAGGUGAGAGCGUUCUUAUUAAAAGAUAAAUAUUCCCAAUCCCUGUAUAGAGCCAGCCCUGGACACAAACUUCAUUGAGCCACAUGAUGUGCACUAAGUAAUCACUGAUACACUACUGUGAGAAAUCCUGUCACCAUCCUUAGACUUGUACGAACCGGGCCUGCCAGUACUGUACGAGUGCCUGUUUCAUCGCCCGCGGUACCGUAAUGUGAGCAAAGUGCUGACAGGAGCUAAGCUUUCUGAGGAUCCUGGGGCCUUUUUUUUCUUUUUUUUUUAUACCAUGUUUGCCUUUAUUUUGUACAGCAGUAACUGUUACAGUCAGGUGAGAAAGUUGUGUUUUGCCAUUGCAUGUGUUCAACACGAAGCAUGAUUAUUUUAAUUACUUUUUUUUCUACUUGUUUUUGAACAGAAAGGUUAAAGAAACUGAACACAAAGAAUUUAUGAAAUAAUUCAUUCGCCAGGAUAUUGUUUACUAAUGUUUGUUUUGUACAAAACACCACGAUUGUGAAUUUUUUUUCACUCUUUUUUUUCAUUUCAGUGUUGUUCCAUGUACGUAAACAAGAAAAAUAAAUGUUUAUUGAUGUCAAA